GGCCGCUAUGGCGCCGCUGCGCUGGCUGGUGCUGCUGCCCGCCCUGGCGCUCGCCCUCGGCCCCGCUGCCGCCGAGGGGUCGCGCCGGCUCCCGGCGCUGGAGGCGCUGGGCGAGGCGGAGGAGCUGGCGGAGGAGCUGUGGGGCGCGGGGCUGCCCGGAGACCUGCCCGAGCUGGAGCCCGAGUGCCGCCAGCUCCUCGCCGACUUCGCGGAGGGCAGCGCGGCUCUGACGGGCUGCCUGGGCCGCAACGCCCGCCCGGUGCGGCUGUGCCAGGCCUGCCACCGCCACUACCGGCAGCUCCUCGUACAGUACGGCAACAUCGCCCGUGCCGUUGGGAAUUCUUCUGAGAGCCACAAUUGUGCCAAAAGCAUCUUGACCUCAGACAGGCUGCAAAUAAUUGUGACCCUUUCUGACUUCUUCAAUGAAACCUGGGAGGCAGCCAACUGUGCAAAUUGUUUAAAGAACAACAGUGAGGGAUUAUCAAAUUCUACUGUAGAAUUCCUGGAUUUAUUCAAUAAAUCUCUGACAUGUUUUGAACAUAACCUUCAGGGACAAACCAUCCACCUGUCACCAAAUAACUACACAGAAGUAUGUAAAAACUGCAAUGAGACCUACAAGAUGUUGAAUGACCUGUAUAACAACUUGCAAAAGAUGAACAGGCAAGGUGGUGAGUCUGGACACUCCGCACACUUGUGUAUCGAUGUGGAAGAUGCAAUGAAUAUCACUCGGAAGCUUUGGAGUAGGACUUUCAACUGUUCUGUUCCCUGCAGUGAUACAGUCCCAGUGAUUGCAGUUUCAUCCUUUAUUCUCUUUCUACCUAUUGUUUUUUAUCUUAGUAGCUUCCUUCACUCAAAGCAGAAGAAGCGGAUACUCAUUUUGCCCAAGCGCAUCCAGUCAAAUGCCAGUCUUGUGAAUAUCCAAGAAAAAUACAGCUGAGCUGCAAAACAAAACCUGAGAACUGCUGCUGGUAUACAGUGGGUACAAUUGUGUUGGAAUGAGGCCGGCACAAAAGAGGAGUUAAUUAUGGUUUAGUGUAAUGAUACAGAGCAACACAAGUUAAACAAAAUGCUGUCUGACUUCUAAGCGAGCAUAUUAACAAACAUGACAAGGCAGGGCUGUGUGACACUGUAUGGACUCUGGUUUUGAAAAAUCUGUGGAUUUUUUCCUUUCAGUCUCGAGUUGAAGCUGGUGUUUUUCUGUUUCUAGGCUUUUGUACUGCUCAUCAAUAGAAUAGCUACACUUCUCUUGCAUAGUCUUUUUUCAUAUUUAUCUUAUUUGCUUCCCAGAAACCUAAGAUUCAGGACCUUUUUGAGGUGAUUUUUUGUAGACAGACAACACUUGAAAUAAUAUUUGAUGUGUCCAUUUGAAACAUUAGGUUUAAUUCUCCGUAAUACUCUUGGCAGUCUUGGGAUGGACAGGAAACCUUUAAAAACAUUCCCAUCUUUCCUGUACUGCUCUCAAGUCAUGCUGCUGGUAUUAGUUAAAAAAAGGCAAAAAGGCAUGAAAUACGCAGAGAAAGUGAUAAGAUAGAAUGUCCAAAACCAGCAACAAAAGCAACAGAACUGCCAGUGCUAGACUAGAAUAGUAAUCAUCAAUGACUACAGUAUUUGGUUAUCUCUGAAACAGACGGCAUAUUUAGUCAUUUGCACACUUCAAUCACUAAAAUCAUUGCUUUUCAUGUUAUGUUUUCAGAGGCCUAUUUUAGAUGUCUCUUUGGGUAACCAAAAGCUUCACUCCUUGUCUGUUUGUGUCAUUUCCUUUCCUUUUUAAUUAUAAAGAGAUUUUUUUGGUUUGUUUCUUUUGUUUAUGUAGAGAAGUAAGGUAAAGUCAAGUCACUGGAGAUGCUGAAUUUCUUGGUCUAGAGCUUGCUAUGGCUUAAUACUGAGGUGUGUUUACAGGAGCUUUGUAGGGGGAAAAGCUUCUUUACCUGGGGAAAAGGUUCCUUUUCUAGAUAAAUAUGUAUUAAAUGGUAAUGAACCAGGGGGUUCUCUAACUUAAAAACUGUCCUGAAGGACAAUGAAGGUACUGUGUUGGGAAUUGAAUUUUCCAGGAAUAGUUCUUACAAGAAAACAAGGCCUGUGAAAUAGAUGAAUGUAAACAAAUUCAAGCUUGCAGGAUUCCAAAGCUGAUGGAGGAAUGGGCAAUAAGCACUGGGUAGUGCUGCUGACAGGUUGUGGGUGCAGCAGUAUCAAUGGUUCAGGCUGGUUAUUAUAGCACUGAUUUGGGAGAGUGGCAGGCUUGAAAUGAUUUAUAGCUGUAGUUGAGGUUAAUGAAUGCCAGAGUCUUUGCUGCCUUUUUAAAAUGGUUCUCUAAACUUGAGAUAAAAAUUAAUGGCUAUUACAGCCAAAAGAUUAGAUUUCUCUUGGAAUCUGCGUGUCUGAUAUCUGUCAAAACCACUAUGGAAUGGUCUUACGUAUUUGACUUGCUUUGGAGCCUACAAUAUUAAAUUUUAUCUUUGCACUAAGGCUCAAAUAAAUGUGUAACAGUGUAACAAAACACUCCUAAAGCUCUUCAAAUCAGUGGUUUUCUUGUCCUUAUUUUUUGUGUUUUUACAGAGUUAGGACAUACUGACAGCUCUUAAGUCAAGUUGACAGUAUGUUUAAUAUUGAGAAAAAAAUACUGUGUUCGUGCUUGGUCCCACCCACGAUUGCCUUUUUGUGUUUUAUCAGUCAGAAGUGUUUAUCUCCCUCUGUUGAACAUGUGAAUUACUAGGUCAGCAGUCAGUUUGUUCUAGGCAGUUUACAACAAUAACACAAAACUGUGUUUCUUGUGGUUAUUAUGUAAAGUUACCUUCUUGCAGCUGGGAGAGGCACGCUGCCUUUGGAAAAAAAGGUUUAUUUUUUAUAUCUAUUAUUCUUAAACUUCAACUUUCUGGGACUUAUUCAGCUGCCUGCUUUAAUAGCAUUACAUUGAUUUGGGACAUCAUAUGAUUGAGAACUGGUCAAAGGAAUCUUUCAUUCGUGCACUUAAAGCCAGUUUGUAUGUGCAGCAUUUCAGAAUGACUGCUUUUAUACUGUAAGCAGUGGCUUUUUGAGCACAUUCAUGUUAAGUAGGUCUGAAAGUCAUUACUUUUGGAUAUGGUGGUUAAGCACUUUAAAAAAAAAAAGAAAAGAAAAAAUUAAAAAAGUCAGCUUUUCUUGCUGGCUGCAGAGCUGAACGGAAAUACUUGUGUGGCUUUGGUUGGUCUUUAUUUUAAAGCAACAGUAAAGUUUACACUUGGGAUUUUUAAUAUUACGUCUACUAUCUUCUCUUUUCUUUGGGUUUUUUUUUUCUUCAAACUUUUGUACUACUGGCUUUCUUUACACAGUGUUAUAUUAGUAGGAUAUUUCAUAAAUAAAUUGCUUGAAUUCUCUUUGUACACUCUUUCCUAAAGAAAUGUGGAAGAACACAGACUGUGUUGAAGGAGAGUUAGAGUUCUUUUUGCUGCUAGUCUUUCAUCUUGGUUUAUUUUUUGCCUUUUUGGUAUUAUAUGUACUAAAUAGGAUGGACUUUGAGAUCCUGGUUUGUAUCUUUUUGUGCAAAUAAAGAUUUCUUACUGUGGGGUAGCACUUUGAUUCAUAUUUAUACUUACUAGGAAUCCUCUAAACAUGGAAAGUCAGCUCUAAUAAAGAUUGUCAAUAAACUAUGAA